GUGCGGCCAUGGAUGGCAUCCGUCUUUGCUUGGAUUGCGUGAUUUUUGCAGUGUGCAGGCUCGUUUUCUCCACUAUCACGUUUUUUGGUCUUCCCUACGUUCCUGGUAUCGUAAAUUAGCCUAGCCAAGGGGUAGACUUUUGUGAUGGGCGUAUCUUAAACACCGCGUGUGCUUUUCUCUGAUAAUCGGCGACAUUUUUUCUCCUGUAACGUCAGAUUUCACAGCCGCGGUACCGGGUCAUUGUAAGCUUGGAAGUUCCUCGCACUUAUAUAACAGUGUUCCAUGGUAGCGUCUAUCAUUCAGCAAGCCAAACGAUAUGGAUUAUGACCCGUAUGAUGCCCUUCUUCAUCACGUCUACCAAGAGACUCAAGGCGAGGCAUGGUUCCGGCCUACGGAAGAAACCAUCGCUACAGGUGUCUGUCUCCGGGUGGAGGCAGGACACUACCGCGUCUUCCCGUAUAACCAGAUGCUGCUAGCUCCGUUCGAGGCUGCAGUCAGACUGCUGAAUCCAGUCGUUGCUGUUAAAAUCCGCAGUGCCGCCGUUCACGCCGCAUUCCGUACAAUGACUGAUGAAGACGCUUCGAUCUAUAUUGAUUCAGACACCAAACUUCAGGUGCUCGAUUCCAUGAGCUGUCUUCCUCGGGCCGAGAAGGAGCAGUGCGGAGCUUUCAUUCGCGAUGAACGAGUCAUUGUGGUAUGGUCAGACAAUUUUGACGGUAUCAUACCUUUGUGCCGCGACUUGGAGGAAAAACUCAUCAAGUUGGUCUGGCGCUCUCGCCAUUUGAUAUCUUUACCCAGCACUCCGCCGUCCACCAACCCUGCAUCGUCUGUGGCUUCUGACGCUAAUUUGGUAGAAAAGGAUGCAGUCCUUACAGAGGCCAUCCCUGUCACAGAAAAAGAACGAAAUAACGUACAUUUGAAAUCGUCGCCCAAGAAAUCGAGAUGGGGUUGGAGUUGGCGCGUGUCACAGGAGAAAGAGAAGGGUGGCGCGUAUGGUGAUGAAUCUGACCUAGAGAAGAAAGGUUCUUCGGGAAGUCAGGGUCUCCGUCCCAUUCGUCUCUACGCUCCAUUUUAUUGUGGCCUUGCGACGGCGUUAUCAAUAUUUUUCAUUGGCAGUGGUGUCAGCAUCCUGCUGUCUGAAUGGCUGCUCGAUAGUAAUUACAAUCGCUUCAUCCUGCUUGUCACAUCCCCCUUCUUGUUUUGCAUAUCACUGUUCUUCUGUUUACAGCUUGUAGGGAAUUUGACCUUGGCGCUUGGUCCGGUUGCUCAGUACCAUGAAAAUUCGAGGUACUACUCCGCAGUGCCCCCAUCUGCGAACAAAGAAGUCGAUGCCGCCUUACCCCACAUUACUGUCGAACUUCCGGUGUUCAAGGAGAGUCUAGAGCACACAAUUUCACCCUCGGUGUUCUCUAUCAAGAAGGCGAUGCAGACAUAUGCUAGGCAGGGUGGCACUUCUGCCAUUUUUGUGCAUGACGACGGACUGCAGCUCAUCAGUUCCAAGGAGCGGGAAGCGCGUCUUGCGUUCUAUGCGGACCACAACAUCGGGUUUGUCGCGCGCCCGAAGCAUGAUGGCGCACCUGGCGGUUUUAAGCGUGCUGGCCGGUUCAAAAAGGCAUCGAACAUGAACUACGGGCUCGCGUUAAGCUUGAAGCUUGAGAAGCACUUGAAAGUGCUCGAAGAAGCGGCGCGGAUGGGGCAGCUGGAUAACGACGAGUACGGGUGUCUCGAAGAUAAGGCGUUGGCAUUGGCCACAGAGGAGGUGUACAAUGAGAGUGGUGGAAAAUGGCGGCCCUGGGCAAGCAAUGGGAAGUCUCUACGCAUGGGAGAAAUCAUCUUGAUUGUCGAUGCAGACACCAUCGUACCUGAGGAUUGUUUCCGCGACGCCGCGCGAGAGCUGGCCGAGAGUCCCGAAGUCGGUAUUAUCCAACACGAAUCGGAUGUAAUGCAAGUUGCGCACCACUACUUCGAGAACGGUAUUGCACACUUCACGCGGCGGAUUAACAAGUGCAUCUCUAUCGGAUGCGCGAACGGGGAAGUAGCUCCCUUCGUGGGGCAUAACGCCUUUCUGCGGUGGUCGGCUCUCCAGGACGCAGCGUUCAUCGAUACCGAGGAUGGGAAAAAGAAGAUCUGGUCUGAAUCGAAUGUCUCUGAAGACUUUGACAUGGCUUUGCGGCUGCAGCUGAAGCACUACAGUAUCCGAUGGGCGUCAUACUCCAAGGGUGGAUUCAAGGAAGGCGUAUCCCUAACCGUCGAUGAUGAGUUGAAUCGGUGGCAGAAGUACUCGUACGGAUGCAAUGAGCUUAUAUUCAAUCCGCUAAUCCAUUGGUGGAAGAUGGGACCCAUUGCGAAGCAGCUCCGCAUUUUCAUUUGGUCCGGAGCCCCAGUGCAUUAUAAACUUAGUAUGAUGGCUUACAUGUUCUCGUAUUAUGGCAUUGCGGCAUCGGCGAUUCUCUCUCUACUCAACUACCUCCUGCUAGGCUUCCAAAUUGAGGUCGACGGGUUCUUCUUACACAGCUUCGAGGUCUGGCUGGCAUGCACUGUCGUCUUCCCGGGGGUUGGCAACCUCGGGUAUACACUUCUCGAGUACCGUCUGGGUCAGCGCAGCCUUCUAGCUUCGUUACUUGAGAACGUGACCUGGAUACCUUUCUUUUUCUUUUUCUUUGGUGGACUGAGCAUUCACCUUUCUCAGGCGCUGCUGUCCCAUCUAUUCUCUUACAACAUCACGUGGGGUGCUACAAAGAAGGAGGUCGAGCGAUCGAACUUCUUCAUUGAAGUCCCGAGGAUCAUAAAGCGCUUUCACAUUACGUUGAUACUAUGCAUAAUCGUCGCGGCGGGGAUGAUUAUCCUUAGCACGUCACUAGUGCCCGUUGGGUGGCAAGUGGACUCAACGGACUGGGCAGUUAUCCUGCCACUUGCCAUCGUUAUCGGAAGCCACAUUCUCUUCCCUAUUGUCCUCAACCCUUGGUUGAUGAUAUUCUCAUACUAGAGGCAGUACCUGAUACUGCACAUACACUUUACACGAGUUGGUCUUCUUGUGGAAUUUCGUAUGGACUGUGCAGCGGAGGUGAACGAUAAUUUAUACGCCUGUGAAACCCUAACCUUACGUACUUACUUACGAACGUCAUCCAAUUCAAAUGUUGCGCAGCCGAUCGGCGCCUUGGCGCUUGAUCACAAAUCCAGAAUUUAUUCCGUU